AUGAAAGAAGACAAUUCUAUUCUAUCGUAAAAAAAGAUAGAUGAAUUAAUUAAAGAAUAAAAAUACUCUACACUCAUCUAACUCAUUUCUAAAAAAGAACCAUGCAAGUAAAACUACUUUAUUUAUUUAUCUUAGAUUAAAACAAUAUAAUUCUAUAAAAAUUAAGAAUUAAAUCUUCAGAUUGAAAUAAGAUGUUGCUGUUUGUGCCAAUAAUAAUGAUGUUUACUCUGGAAAACUAAUUAAGAUAUAUAGCUUUAAAGAUUAAAAUGAAUAGCAUGUUCCUGUGAUCUAAAUUCAAUGGUAUUUUCAUAUUUUUAAUUUUAGGUAUUACACAAAAUAAGAUUUAAAUUUAGAUAAAAAGUUUAUGAAAUAUAUUUCUAUUAAAGAAUUGUUUUUUUCUACUCAUGUAGAAUUUUUAGCAGCUAAUAAAUUAUAAAGUCCCAUUGAAGUGAUGUCAUUUGAUCAAUAUACACAAUUAGAAUAUGUAGAAGAAACUAAAUUCUUUAGUAGAGCAGCUAUAGAUCUUAAAACAAUGGAACCAAUGCCUAAAGUUACUGAAUGGCCAAAAUCAUGUGUUUGUAGAAUGCCUUAGAACCCAGAUAUAUAAAUGAUUUAAUGUGAAACAUGUGGAGAAUGGUUCCAUUUAGAUUGUGUUAAUAUUAAAUCAGAAGAAGCAGAAUAAAUUGAAAAUUAUAAAUGUCCAGGUUGUUAAUGA